CCUGAACCUGCAUGUGGUGUGCAAUAGAACCUAACUCAUUAUUGUGCAUGUCAUACUUGUACUGUCUUAGUCAGUUUAUUUCCUUGAUUUGUGCUAUAUAUUUGUCAUUAUAAAGUGGCCCAGUGUGCAAGAAUAAUGGUAAAGGUCGUCCAAGGAAUAAACUGUUGUUAAGCUAGGAGAAGGUCGUCAUUAGAAUAAACUACAUCUGUGUUUUGCUAGUUUCGCCCACCUGUUUCCCUACAAGCUCAAGAUGGCCGGCUGACAGUACAGUGCAAGUGGCAGAAGACACUCUGAGAACAGGGCAAGGUGGUGAAGAGAUACGGACCAGCUCUCCCAGGCUAUCAAGGAAGGCAAGGGAAGAUGCCGUGGCUGUGAAUGAGCCUAGUGGGAGGGACCCUGAUAAUUAUCUCCUUAACUCACUGUGGACGUUUUGGCGUGACGCUACACGAAGAGGAUCAACUGCCAAAGAUUUCUUUGAGAAUCUAAAACCUUUGUGUACAGUCAAGACCAUCAAGGCAUUUUGGGGUGUGGUCAACAAUAUUCGUCCCAUAGAUCAGUUGGGCGAGAGAGAGAGAGCUACCAUCUUAUGAGGAAUGAGAAUAGGAGACCUAUUUGGGAGGACUCUGAUAAUGCUCAUGGUGGAUUGUGGUCAUUCAAAGUCAGAAAGAUGCACACAACCAAGGUAUGGCAGGAGCUGUUGUUGGCUGCUGUGGGUGAGCAGUUCUCAGAGUGUGUGGGCGGUGGUGACUGUGUGUGUGGUGUGAGUGUGAGGAUAAGAGGGUUCGAUCAAGAAAUCGUACAGAUCUGGAAUGAAGACAUGCCUGUCCUCUCAAAGAGCUACUGUUCUGUUGGACAGGAAAUGGUCCUCAACUUUAUCAACACUGAGGAGAUCAGCUCUGGGGUGGAGUUGUUGGAAGGCUGCGUUGGUGUGAGUGUGUGGUGCACUUUGACCCCUGCUAGCCGUGCUGGUGGGGCCGGGGAGGGGAGAAUGAGGUACAUAAGAGUUCCAAUAAAGAAGCAUCACUGGGCAAAGAUAAUUCUCAAGUCUCUCUCUGGGAGGUGGUUUCAGACUACACCCAUUUCCUGUGUUGAGGAGCACAACAUGUGAUGACUAAGAGGUGUAAUAACUAGGGACAGAAUAGGUGUGGCUUAGUGGUUAGGGUGGUGGCUUAGUAGAUUAGAUGAUAGAUAAGGCGUGGGUUCGAUUCCUUCUUGGGGACUUUCUUUACAAAUCAGUUAAUAAUAUCCCUAAAUUUUUAAGUCAUCAUACUCCUUCUCAAGUACAUACAAGUUGGGGUGUCGCCCGGUUUCUGUGAAACAAAGUUUCACGGAAACCGGGCGACGACCCAACUUACCCUUUUUGGUAGACUAGGUUCUGUCUUUUUUUUUUGUAGAAAUGGCCGAAAUUAUUUAACAAUGUAAUUGUGGUUUUGCUCUGCAAAUCUCUGUUGCAAGUGUACGUACUGUACUAUUAAUGAUUUGUGCUUAUGUAAUGUAGUUCUAUAGGUUUCCCAGUAAGGCACUGCAAAAAGGUUCUAUAUUUAUGCCUCAGUGCCUGUAUCCUCCUCUAUAGGUACAGAUUAUCAAGUAGCGUGUCCAAGGAGGACAGUAAGAGAGUCGUCACCUUCCUCAACCACCCAGGACUACAUCUCAUUCAG